GAAGAUCAAUCAUCAAUCCUUCCACCACAGCUCCACCACUGAGAUGACGAGGAACCUCUCUUCAUCAGCUCAAUCCUCGCGAUGCGGACCAUAGAAGACUAUCCGUAAAAAUACUUGUACACGAGCCAUAAUCACAGCCAUCAGCCAUCUCGUUAUUCCUGAGUAGACUACUAGUACGUACUAGCUUGGUAGUAUCUGAUUCCAAGUAUGACUAGCAGCUUCUUGUUCCUUUUGUGUCUUCUUCUUCUGCAUGUGCUGUCGGAUCAUCCGGCCGAUGCUGCAGCGUUCCUUGUGCAACUACCCUAUGGUGGUAUCUGUUUCAAUUUCACCUCUCCAUCCGAUGGUGCCAUGGAUGUGGCCUGCAUUGUCUCCCAGGGAGCUGUUACGCCAAGUCCAGCCUCAACUGCCAAUGAAACAAUCUACAUUGGACAAUUUGCAGAUGACUAUUCUUGGGUACGAGGAUUCCCCAACAACGAUACCGGAAAUGAAGACGACCCACUUGGCUUUGUCCGAGUGGGAUACACCCAUGAAGGCACUCAAGACUGUGUCAUUUCUGCGGGGAACACUGAUUGCUGCAGCUGUAGUUCCUGCUUGAAUGCCAAUGGAGAUUUAGUGGGAAUGAAGGCGGAUUGCUCCAAUGUCCCGUACGGAAGAGUGAUUGAUACAUGUGAGAACACCACCUAUUACUUUCCCUUUGAUAUGAGCUUGAAUGGGGAAACCGCUGAGUGCAAUGUGGAUGAUCCCAUGUUUUCAGGUCCUACUGAAGUACCAGAGGAUGAUAGUGGUGGUGAUGGAGAAGAAAUACCGGUAACAACCACUGCCGAUGGAGAUACCAAUACCACGGAUGACAAUAUGGAUGAAUCCAGUGACAACAACACCAGUUCCACAGAUGAAACACCAGAUGGCAGUACCAGUACCAGUGGUGUAGUCCAGCAAUAUGCCUUGUCUAUUAGCAGUGGUUUGAUGGCCUUCUCUGGUGUGGUGAUGGCUAUUGUUGGAGUUUAAUAAUGAGCUUCUCCGAGCAAAGCUGGCUGUGCCACUUUAGUAGAAUUCUCUUUUUUGUAUCUUAUCUAGCUAGACUACCAAACUUUCACUGAUCUUAUUAGAACCUGUUUACCCCCGUU